AUAAAUCAUAAUAAUUAUACAAGACUCAAUCCGAUAUUUAUUUUACAGGUACGAAAAUGUCUGACCAAAAUGAAUCCAAUGCUAACAACUCCGAUUACUUCAGGCUCCUGAGAAAAAUAAUUGUUUUAUCAGGUUUCAACAGCUUAUGGUACAGGGAAUCUUGGUCCGGCAAAAUGAUUCAGUUAUACUGCAGAAUUGCAGCCGCCAUUUUCUUCGUUAAAAUAACUCUAUUAAACCUCUACUCCAUCGAAGUAUUCAGAGAUAUCAAAAGGAACUGGAGGGAAAUAGCUUUCUUCUUAGCAAGCACCUUAACCAUAGAUACCACGAUUCAGAAAUUCUUCAUUUUACGAACAGAUGCUAUGCAGAAACUGUUCAGAGAGGCUUUCGCUCUGGACAACUGGAUCAGAAGAACCCCACACGAGGGAAUUAGAAAGGCCUUGAAGCCGCUCAGGGAUGAAGUUUACAAAAUUUCUAUCAUACUGGUUUUACUGUUCUUUACCUGCUUUGUUUGUUUUUGCGGAGCCGCAAUAUAUUUCUACAUGGUAGGUAGGGCAUGUGAUCUGACCGAUGAACAAAGAAAUUGCGAAAGAAUUCUGCCUUGGGCAACUAUGAAUUUCCUCAAUAUGGAAACCCAGUUUGGGAUGUCUAUGCUAUUACAUGCAAUAGGGAUCAGCUACAUAGAAUUUUAUGUGGUGGCAGCAAAUAUAGCCAGAUUUGCUGUGUGUGUUUUUCCCACCUUUCGUCUCAGACGUUUGAAUCACGUUUUGGAAAAUUUCGAUCACUACAGCAGAUUACUUUGUGAGAAAGAGAAAAUAUCGAUCAGAGAUGGAGAGUAUUACGUCGUAAGAGAAUGUAUCAUCGAACACCAAAAAAUUAUAAGCGAUUUCACCCAUCUCAAAGCAAAUACGAAAGUUCUGUUUUUCAUGGAUUUCCUUACUAUGGCUAUACAGCUAGCUCCUUAUCCUGUUAUCAUAAUGGGAACCAAAAAUAUAGACCACAUUUACUUUUUUGCAGUGACUUGCUUGAUUUUUGCUUUUUCUGAUCUUCUAAUGAUAUAUUGGUUUGCACAUUAUAUAGUCGAAGAGAGUAAAGCUGUCCAAUCUUCUGUAUUCUCUAGUAAUUGGCAAGAGGCAGAUAUUCGUACCAAGAAAAUGCUCUUGUUAAUCAUGAUAAGAUCUAACAGACGUUUAGUGCUGAAAGUUGGUCCCCUAUACGAAAUGGAUCUGAACAUAUUUCUUCGGAUUGUCAAAGGGAUGUACACAAUGAUUACUGUAUUUAGACAAGGAACUGUUAACCUGUGAAUCCUGAAUCAUCAGAUUUGACCAAGCUGAAGGAAACAAGGAAUUACGAAAACAAUAAGAUUUAUCUAUUUGGAAAUACUAAAGCACUUUGUUCGAUAUUUCAUUUAAUGUAGCUAAAAAGUUUAUUUCAUUAAAAGCAUAAACAUUGGAA